GACCGGUUCAAUCUGGAAAUAAUGAGCGCCAUUUGCAGCGAAGACUGCACCUCCCCUCCAGGCUUAUGCUAGUACAAUAAGAGAGGAAGGUAAAUGUAGCUCCCCAAAGGGUCGGGAGAACCCUGAGAAGACUAGAAAACAAGAGAGCUGGGAGCAGACGAAAACGAUCGCACCACUUUUGGCCUCUGCGCGGCUCCGUCGCAGCUGAUUUGGGGACGGAUUAACUUUGCCCUUCCUUCCUCGCAGGGCUGCUGCCAUGGCGACGCUACUCCGCCUGUCUCGGUUCCCCGGCCUACUACCCCGAACCCCGCUCAGAGCCCGUCGCCCUGCUUCGGAUGUGGCGGCUCUCCCCGGCGGCCGCGACACGGGCUUGGGCCUGCUCUACCCAGGCCACAUUCCCACCAGUCCGCUACAGAAGGCGCUGCUAGCAGCCGGCGCCGCCUGCAUGGCACUCUACGAUCCCUACCGCCACGACAUGGUCGCUGUUUUGGGUGAGACCACAGGACACCAAGCUCUACAGGCACUCAGGGACCGGAUGAGGAGGGACCCCGAGGGUGCCCAGAUCCUGCAGGAACGGCCUCGGAUCCAGCUCUCUACCCUGGACUUGACCAAACUCCGGAGCCUACCAGAGAACUCCUUUGGUUGGGAGUAUGCCCACUUUCUUGAUGUUAAUAGGGUUUCCCCAGACACUCGAGCACCCACCCGAUUUGUGGACGAUGAGGAACUUGCUUACGUGAUCCAGCGUUACCGUGAGGUUCAUGACUUACUCCACACCCUUUUGGGAAUGCCCACCAAUAUGCUUGGAGAAAUUGUGGUUAAGUGGUUCGAAGCAAUCCAGACAGGCCUGCCCAUGUGUGUUUUAGGAGCUGCCUUUGGACCCAUCCGACUCAGCGCCAAGAAACUGAAGGUGUUGAUAUCAGAACUGAUUCCCUGGGCAGUUCUGAAUGGCCGAAACUCCCGAUGUGUCCUAAACCUCUACUAUGAACAACGGUGGGAGCAGCCUAUAGGAGCCCUUCGGGAGGAGCUAGGCAUCACUCCACCCCCUACUGUGCAGACAGGCCAUCGAACUCAGUCCCCAAAGCUCUGAGCCAACAGGUUCUGCCAACCCUCUGCUACUGGGUAAAGGGCUGCCCUGCCCAGGCCCUUUGCACUGUAGGACAACUAGCCUCAGAUGGGGGAUGAAGAGAUUUCAAUUAAGUGACCUUAAAAGGAUUUGUGUAUCCCUUUAUCUCCCAAAAGAGAUAUGGGAAUAAAAGGAAUCUACUUAUUUGUUCAUAAGAAAUCUCUUCAGAAGGCCAGAAGCAAUCCACCACGCCCAUGUAAGUGGAACUGAAUGAGCUCAAGAUGAAAAAUUCUAUUGAUUUAUCAGGAAUCCAUGGCUCGGUGAAUUUAUUUAAUUGCUCUGCUCUCCCUUGGAAGAAUUCCUUCUACUCCAUCAUACUUCUCCCACUGUUUCACCCUGUCUUCUCCCCUUCCCUCCAUGAUCAAGAAUUUUUUUGGGUGGUUUGGGCAGGAUGCCGGGAUGUUGGCUCCCUAGUCUGAAUAAAGCCCUCUGUGGGACCCAGG